UAUAGGUAAACCGAAAAGGUGACAAUCUUUAGUUCCGAAUAAACAUGUCUAGUUUUGUUGUCUUAUUGAGUAUUCAAGCAUUGUUCGUGUUUAGGGCAUCGGCUAUCAAUUGCCAACCUGGCUGGGAUCAUCAUGACAACUCGUGUUAUCUGUUUAGUAAAGACACAGCAACUUGGGAAGCUGCAAGGGAUAUAUGUCAGAGCGUAUCUUCAUCUCUUGUGGCGAUAGAAUCACAAUCAGAGGAAGCUUUCAUAGAGGCACGUCUUCAUCACGAGUUCGCAAGUUUUAUGUUCUGGCUGGGAGGUACAGAUCAGUUUGACAACGGCACAGAAUGGUUCUGGGUGAUGACAGAACAGAAUAUAAAUGCGGGAUAUACAGAUUGGCAUCCUACAGAACCAGAUCAUCCUGGAAAACAACACUGUCUAGCAAUGAGAAAAGAUUUUAAUUACAAAUGGACUGAUGACUAUUGUACUGGAAACCAUGGAUACAUUUGUGAAUCAAACACCGAAACCGGUGGGACUAUUAUUGGAUAAACCACAACUAUCUAAUGACCCCAAAUAAAACGAAACAAAUUGAAAAGAACUGUGUUGUUUAAUUUUAACAUGAACAGAGAAAUGCAUGAUUUGCAACAGACAAUUUU